CUUUUGCAGCCUGCGACAUAUAUUUUUUAUUUGUUUGGUAAAUAGUAGGUGCCGUAAAAAUAUGCACACCGACCUGUUUUGACAUGUGACGGAAGUAGGUGACAUAUACAUGGACUACAUCUGCAGCUUGAUGUUGAAAAUGUUCCUUUAGUAAGGCGCUGUCAUGUCUGACCAGCCAGACUCGACCAUUACAUCGACGGAGCCGCGACGGGGGCUGAGCCCGGAGCCGCGACGGGGGCUGAGCCCGCCGCCGCGGCGCCGUCAGCCCUCCGGCGAGGUACCACAGCCCAGCAAUAGCGACCAGCGCGCCGAGCGCCGGCCGCCGGAGCGGCGCUCCCCGGAACACUCCGAGCCGGACUCGGCGCCGCGCCACCCGCCCAGGGAGCCGGCCGCAGCCGCCGCCGCCGCCGCGAGCUCCUCGGACGUUGCUUCGGCGCCGAUGGCGGCGCGUGCGCCCAACUCGGCUGCGAGUUCUUCAGAUGCUGCGCUUGCGCGUCCUCCGGUUCGAGCGUCCAACUUGGCAGCGAGCUCUUCAGACUCUGCUCCGACACCGAGAUUGACGCUCCAGCCCAACUCGACCGCUAGUUCGUCAGACGCUGCACCGACACCAAGAGUAACGCUCCAGCCCAACUCGGCGGCAAGCUCUUCUGACGCUGCUCCCGCGCGUCCCCCGGCAAGCGCUCCCGGUUCGGCAGCUAGCUCAUCAGACGCUGCACCAGUGGCGAAACGACCACCGAGCUCAGACGCGAGUUCCUCAGACGCCACGCCUGCCCGAGCUGUCAGCAGGCCUCCAGUCUCGGCGGCCAGUUCUUCAGACGUAGCCUCGACCCCGGUGCUGAGUCGACCCCCGAGCACAGACGCUAGUUCGUCGGACACAGCCUCUCGCGCUCCCGCUCCGCGCCACACCAUGACCGAGCGAGCUGGUGACGCGGCCGCCGCUAGUUCCUCGGAUGUAGCGGCGGCGCGGCCUGAGAGACCGCGUGGCGCCGCCGCUGCGAGCUCUUCGGACGCGGAGUCAGCACAGCGAGUGCAUGUGGUACGUGAUGAGCGUCCACCGACCACCGCUGCAGCCAGCUCCUCAGAUACAGCCCCGUCAGUGACGGCGGCACGAAGACCGGUCACCGCCGCCAGCUCAUCGUUCGUGGCAUCAUCGCCGGUAGACGGCAGUCGCUCCAACGACGCCGGCUCUUCGGCCUCAUCUUCAUCGUCGUCGUCUUCCGGCCCAUCGAGACACCGACUCUCAGACGAGGCGUGUGAGCCGGACGAGGGCGGACGCGCCAGUCCUCCUCCGGUCCGGAUCCGCCACGACUCGGAGGCGGAGGCGGUAGAAGUGGCCGACAGUGCCGCGCCCGCUCCGGCCGCUCCGCUGCUGGUGGCGCCGCGGCCCCGGCCUCCCCUGGCGUCGCCGGACCAGCCCGAGUCUAGUGCCGACUACCGGCCGCCGACGUGGCGGCGGAAUGGCGACCAGCAGGCGGCAAUCUCCAGCUCGGGCGCGGUCCGGCCGCGGCUGACUCCGGCCGCCGUGGCGCAGCACGGGGAGAUCUCGGGCUCGUCGCGGGUCUCGCCUCUCAGCACGCCCAUAUCGCAGCACCAGGAGGUGUCUGGCUCGGCGCUGAGCGGCGGCAGCAGCAGCGGUAGCGCUCGCAGCCCGGCCGGCGCCGACUCGCAGGGUGCCGACAUCAGCUCGGCGCGUAAGCACAGCCGCUCGCCGGGUCACGCCGGGGGCGCCGACUCAACAUUCAGCCGAGCGGCGGCUGGUCCACGAGACGAAGGCCCAGCGACAAGCAGCAGCAGCGGCGGUGGCGGCAGUGGCCUGACCGGCGGUGGACGCAAGCGACCGGCCCUGGUGCCCGACUACUCCGACUCUGACUCCGACUCGGACUGCUCCUCCUCGGCCGGCAAGGCGCCGCGCCUGGACGCCGAGAUCUCCACGAGCCAGGCGGUGCCCUCGCCGGCCGGGCGCCGUCAGGACUCUGGCGAGGCGGGCAUCUCCACCAGUGUGUCCGAGGAGCGGGGUGAGCUCAGUCCAGACGCCGGGGAGCCGGCGCCGGGGGCCGCGCGCGCCCCCGCGCCGCCGUCCCCGUCGCCGGCCUCGCCCGGCUCGCCGGCCGCGGCCGUGGCCGGGCCUUCAUCCGACUACGAACCUGCUGAGCCUCGCAAACUGAGCGAACAGCAGAGUUCGGAGGCGGUGGCGGCGGGGCCCGGUGACCAGGAGGAGGCGUCUCGCGCUCCGCCGCGGCCCGAGCCGGCCGUGAGCGGCAGUAGUGAUGUCCUCGUCUGCAACGACGCCGAGGAUUCCAACACGGACUCACGCAUAGACUCUCACAUCGACGACGAUCUGCGUCCGCACCGGCGGCCUCUGCUUGAUGCGCUCGACGAGGAUUCACGCAUCGACUCGCAUGGAACAGACUCCGUGGACAAUACGGACUCACAGCUGGACUCGAUGGAGAAUGAUGACUCGCGGAUUGACUCGCACGAUAAUGCCGACGACUCGCUGAACGGGUUCGGCGGUGCAGUGAGCUCAGCCGAGCCGCAGGGCACGUGUCAGAGUUCGGGGGACCCUGAGGCGUCCGGCUCUCCUCCCGGGGCGGGAGAGGUGCCGGACGCACGUCCCUCCGCCGCCGCCGCCCCGGCCUCCGUACCCGCCACCGCCGCCCCGGUCGCCACACCCGCCACCGUCAGAUCAUCCACCGCCGCGCCCACCACCGUCAGAUCAUCCACCGCCGCGCCCGUCACUGCACCUGCCGUUACAUCCACCGCUGCUACCACCUCCGCGCCCGCUAACGCAUCCGCCGUCACCGCCACUGCCACUGUAUCAGCCACUGUCGCCGCCACUACCGCCACCGCUACUGUAUCUGCUACCGCUGCUGCCACCACCUCGCCAUCAGCCGCUGCCACUGACUGUGACACCGAGUCUGCUGGAGACGCUGCGCCUGCAUCUGCUUCUGUCGACGCCACUGCCUGCUCUGUUGACUCUCAUCCUGCAUCACCACCAAACCCAGUCUCUUCAGCUUCAUCAUUAGCACAGCCCGCGUCCGGCGCGCUCACAUCAGACGCAGCACAGCCCGCAGAGGUCACCACUGUUUCCUCACUGACGAGUGGACAGCCAACAGCCGAACCAUCGCUGGAAUCGUCAUCUGAGAAAGUUGUGGCCAAUCAGAAGACUGAAAAGGAGCAACCGACAGCCGAAGAUGUCAGUCGACCAGUCGAGACUGCCCCUUCAGCUCAGCCUAAAACGACUGACGCUGCCUCCCAUUCGGCUUCAAAACUUGGGUCGAAGGGAAGUGUUGCCGAAUCUUCCAAUAGUCCGCCAGCGUCGGCUGUCUCAGCUCCCAAAUCUCCGUUGGAAGAGCCAAAGACCUCUGAUGCUCCUUCAGGAACUGUGAGUAAACCGAACCCGAAAGCUGAUGACGCUCAGCAUUCGAAAGAAAAAUCUAAACCAGGUACUGAAGCUGCCACAUCUCAAGCCCAGGAGCCUGAACCUGUUGCACCGGCUUCAGAUAAAACACCAAAGUCGGAAAGCUCCGAAAAGAAUCCCGAGGUAGGAGAUCCAAAAUCAGUCUCGGCUGAGUCGACUGAAGCGCAUAAGUCGGGCCUCUCUACCGCACCGGUGGUCGGUGGCGAUGAUGUUGAGAUGACAGAUGCGAGUGAACAGAUAGUUCAGCCGCCAGAGACAGUCCAGCAAGCGCCACCGGCUGUUUCUAGUGCAUCAGCUGCAAUGACCUCGCUGCGGGGAUUCAGGAAGCCGCCUCGAGUCUCUCCAACCAGUGAAAUGCCGCCCACCGCGCUCUCAGCAGACCAGCCAGAACCCGCGAGUGUCGAGGAGGUGGUGUCGCGUGGCAGUGGUGACCAGCCCGGCGGUGACGUAUCGUCUGUCGACUCGGGCACUGCGGCUGCUGACCCAUCAGCAACAGAUACAGUGGAGCCCAUGGAUGUGUCUGAGCCCGUGGUCUCGGAGCCUGUUCUCUCGGAGCCUGUCGCUUCAGAGCCUGUCAUCUCGGAGCCCGUCAUCUCAGAGCCCGUCUCGGAGUCCGUCUCAGAGGCUGUCUCAAGACCAGUCUCUGAGCCUGUCGCUUCAGAGCCUGUCUCUGGAUCUGUUGCCUCGGAGCCUGUCGCUUCAGAGCCUUUCUCUGAGCCUGUCGCCUCAGAGCCUGUUUCGGAGCCCGUCAUCUCAGAACCCAGCUCGAAGCCUGUCGUCUCAGAGCCUGUCUCGGCCCCUGUCGUCUCAGAACCUGUCAUCUCGGAGCCCGUCAUCUCAGAGCCUGUGUCGAAGCCUGUCUCGAAGUCUGCCUCGGAGCCUGUUGUCUCAGAGCCCGUCAUCUCAGAGCCUGUCAUCUCAGAGCCCGUCAUCUCGGAGCCCUUGCCUGAAGCGUCAGUAGUGGCUACCUCAGCUACCACUUCUGAUGAUUCUGUGACCACGCCAGCAGCUUCUAAAGUUUCGGAUGCGCCUACGGCAGUGACAGAGAAAACAACCAACAACCGUGACGACCUACCAUCAGACAAAGCGGCUGCGAGGGCUCCCACCGCUGCCCCACAAGCGCCUGCUGAGGACGAUAAAGUCACGGGCGUUGCGGCGUCAGACAAGCCAUCAUCGUCUGCUGCGCCUGCGACAGCGGCUGCUGGGGAUUCAGCUGCUGUCGCAGCCGACAAAUCAUCCGCCGGUGUGACUGUAGGAGAGAACGUUUCUGCUGGAGAGAUAUCUGAGGCCCCCAAAGCGGCGUCUGCGGCCGUCUGCCCAGCUUCUACAGCAGAGGAAAUACCGACUCCAUCUCUGAACUCUGGCAAGGCCUCUGAGGUGAAGGCGAAUGACUCUGACAUGCCUGCUCCGCCGCCGGCGGCAGUCGAGGCAACAUGUCCGUCUGCUGCCAUGUCGAGUGAUACAUCCGCUCCAGCGACUAUAACGCCCGUUCCAACUGAAAAGGCUGCCGAGAAGACUGAGGCUGAGUCCGCUCCUCCCUCCAAGUCGGCCCCUGAUGCAUCAGAAGCUGCUCCUGCUACCAAAGAUGUUUCCUCUGAAGGCGCUCCGGAAGGCAUGCCGCCGCCGGAGAAGACCACCUCAGAGGGUGUCGAUGCUACAGCCGUCGCUACACCGGCCACUGCUGUUAAAGACGCUCCCUCCACAGAGGACAGUUCCAAAGUUCCUACGAGUACCCGGCCCCGGCGGCUCUCCUUGCGCGACCUCGGCCAGCCUGAGCCGGGCACUAAGGUAGCGCCAGGCAGCCGGUCGCCCCGGCAGCCGACUGCCGAGACAGGACGCUCGCCGCGCCGUGAAUCUGCCCGCUCACCACGCUCCGACGCUGGGAAGUCACCGCGGAGGCACGCGUCGGUCGAGGAGGCCGCCGCAGGAACUGCAGCCAGUGGAGCACGCGCCCGACGACAAACGUCGCGCGACAGCGAGGGUGUCGCUGCCAUCGACGCGUUCCUGCGCGAGACGGAGCCAGUGGUGGAGGAGGACUGCACUCCGGCAGCGUCGGGCUCGGACGGUACGCCCGUGGUGUCGGACGCCUCCGUCUCUGCUGCGGAUCCAGCCGUGCCCGUCAAACGCAAACGAGGCCGACCGAGGAAACACCCGCGUCCGGGCCCUGCUGUCGCUCGUACUCCGUCAGUUCCUGCCACUCCUGGAGUCUCAGCCGCCCCAGCCGCUACCCCUGUCAAGCCAGCAGCCGCUGCUGCUCCAGACGCCGCCGUGGCUACGCCAGUACGGAAGAGCGGCCGGCCGCGCAAGAAGAAACUGUCCGAGGAUGAGCGAGAAGAGAUGGAGCAGCGGAGACUGCAGCACGCCAAGGAGAGGAUGCUGGAGGGACGCACCCGCACGCAGUCCAGCUGUAGCACGGGGGAGGACAAGCCGAGGGCUUCCCGUACCGCGGCGAAGGAGGUUACAAAGACAGCGGUAGCGACCCCAGCGACCCCGACUCCGACGCCGGUGAAGGGGAAGCCGGGGAGGAAGCGGAAGAACCCUGUUGUGGAGCUGGCGACCUCUACGCCGCUGGCAGAGGCGGCGACGAGUGCAGAUACGGGCGUCUGGCAGGUGACGGUUGACCCCGGCGAGGCUGAGGGAGAUCGCCCGCCGAUCAAGAAGAUACGACUCAAAAAAGAUGGUACGCCUGCUAAAAUACCCGGCCGUAAGAGCAAGGCGGCCAAAGCACUGGCUCAGGCGCUCCUGCCGCCGAAGGAGGAGCCUGCCGAGGAGCCCGAGGCUCCUAAGGUCACAGAGGUCAGCCCUGACCCGGUCAUCGCUGACACACCAGCUGCGCCGCCCAGCGAACCUCCAGCGGCAGUCGAGAUGAAGGAGUCCAAACCGGAGGUGGAAGAGUCCAAACCGGAGGUAACUCCGUCUGCCGCAGAGGCACCGGUGGAGCUAGAAGCCUCAGCGUCGGAGGACACCGAACCGGCGUCCAAACGAGCCAAGACGGAGCGUCCAAAGCGGGAGAAGAAGCACAAGAAGUAUCGCGGCGGGCGGGGUGAUCAUCCCGCUCCACCAUCGCCUCCGCCCGCCGACGACAACGCCAUGAUGGACGCGGAAGACGCGCAGCAAUCGCCUCUCCCAGCGGCGUCGGCGGCAGGCGGCCCCACCACAGAGUCCGUGCCGGCUGACGUCUCUGUUUCUGAGCCUGCUCCUGCCGUGGCGUCAGUGUCGGAGCCGGUGUCUGAGGCUCCGUCGGCGGCUCCCUCCGAGGCGGCUCCCUCGCCCGAGGAGCCCGCGGCGCCCUCUCCUGAGGAGCCGGCGCCGCCGCGGCCUCCGCCGGUCCCCACUCGGCCCCUGCCCCUGGAUGAGGACUCACAGAGCAGCGUCCGCUCCGUGGGAGGCACGCGCAAGGCGCGCAGUGAGGUCUUCGAUCUGAGCAGUCAGCAGCCGCUGCCCGCCGACCAGCUCUAUGAGUACCGCUGGCCACGAGAUGACCCGCGCGCCGAGAUGUACAUGCUGCAGGAGCAGGUUUCUUCCUUCUUGGACCUCGUGUCAUUCAGAAGACGGUACCCCGACCUGCCGCGGCGUCCGGUGGAGGCCGAGGAGCGCGCCUUCCUGCUGGAGCAGCGGGCCGUCACCGGGACACUGGCCGAACUCGGUCUGACCGCGCUGCGCAGCGGGGACGUCAUGGACGUGCUCUUCCAGGACUUCCCCGAGAAGUAUGAGGAGUUCCGGAGAACGCUGGAGGAGCGAAAGGUGCUCGAGGUGCAGAAGGCGCAAGCGAGCUACACGCCUGCCGAGGUGGAGAAGAACCGGCUGCAGGCGUUCGUGCGGCAGGCGGCGCGGCAGGCGGCCGCCUGGAACGCCCAGCUGAACCGCGACAGGCGCGAGGAGCGGCGGGCCUCGUUCGACCUGCAGACGUUCGCGGUGCACUACCCGCAGCGUCGGAGACCGGUGGCGCCGGCGGCGGCCCGGGUCGGCGACUACCCGGUGGCAGUGCUGCCCGGACAGUUCACUGACUACUACCGCAGGUACUCUAGCGCCGAUCUGAAGUACCUGCCGGUGAACACAGUGAUGGGCACACGGCCGGUGGAGGAGCUCGGAUCUGACGGAUCAGACUCGGAGAUGGGCGACUGCGGCUCGGAUGGAUCCAGCUCGAGCAGCGGCGACGGCUCUGCCUCUGAGGACACCAGUGACGGCGACUCCCAGCCGGACCCGCACGCGCGGCCCGGCGCCGUCUGCCGCGUCUGCAGCGGCGCCAAGCCCGGAAAACAGCUGCUCCACUGCUCAAAGUGCGACUCGUCUGCCCACCCGCAGUGCCUGGAGGUGCCCCAGGACAUGGUGGCCCGCCUCCGCGCCUACCCGUGGCAGUGCAUGGAGUGCAAGACGUGCAUGAGCUGUGACUCGGCAGACGAUGAGGACAAGAUGAUCUUCUGCGACUUCUGCGACAGAGGGUACCACAUCUACUGCGUGGGCCUGCGCCGGGUGCCGACCGGCCGCUGGCACUGUGUCCAGUGUGCGCGCUGCCAGACGUGUGGUACCACCGACCCCACCGGCGGACUGGAGCAGGCCGAGCUCAACAGGGACCCCGAGUGGGCCCAUCAGUACCGGCGCCGCGGGGACGGAGUGCGAGUCUACACCACAACUCUGUGCAUCCCGUGCGACAGAUUGUGGAAGAAGGCCAAGUACUGUCCUAUCUGCUUCAAAUGCUAUAACAAGAAGCCGGAAGACUUGGGCAUGGUCACUUGCUCGACGUGCAACAAAUGGGUCCAUAAAGAGUGUAAUCGAGAGCCUGGGCUUCGGCGGCGUGUUCGUGUGCCACAACUGCCAGGAGAAGCGACAACAGACAAACAGAACCUGAAGAACGCCGGCAGCUGAGGCGGCCGGACGCGUCUCGUCUCUAAACGUCAGCUGAGUGGGACGAGACUGAGAGGUUCGGUCUGUCCGUGCACUACAGCGCCGUUCCGCGACAUCUCCAUCUACUUAUAAAUACUGAGACAGUGGGGACUACGCCUGCGCAGAGGUGUAAAUGUGCAGCUUCUAGCGUUUCAACAACUUCGAGAGACCAUCACUGUGCAGACAAUCGGCGUUUGCGUGAGGGUAGGAUUUCGACCAAGAACAGUGUGUGAAAAAUGUGGCAAAGAUUGUCACCUCCCUACCGACUGAGGGCGCCUCUCUCUCUCGCUGAGAGGCGAGGCCACGGACCCCGAGACGUAGGUGUCGCUACCGGUGCUCUGGGAGACGGUAUGGCCUUAGUUCCAGUUCUACACCAUAGAUGUCGCGCGAGGCCAGGAUCGGUCCGCGACUAGUGAGCGUUCAGUAUUUUUAAUUUAACUCGGUAGGUGGCUCUUUGGUAGUGUUUAGAUGUCAACAGAAGCUAAUACAUUAGCACUUGGAUUAUGUUGAGUUCUGGACGAAUACCGUUUUAUUUCACGUUGAAACACUCACGACAAGGUCCAUAACCAAGCACUAUCAUAUUCUUUUCUCGUAUCCAAGUCAAAGUCCGUUCCGCCCUGUUGACAUCCAGCCGGACUUGCUGUUCUUACGACCGACACCUACCUGUUCAUCUGUAUUCAGCGUCGGCCGGCGGCGGCCUGUGUGCCCGUGUACAACAUUCCCCAGUGUCUCGUGUCAAAGGGUGUUGUCGCGCCGCUCCUUUUGUCGGUACCGGACGGCGUUCGACGGUCACCGUUCACUUCCGACGGUCACACAAAGGGCGCCAUCGAGCGGCAAAGUGAUGUGCCAGUCUCCAGAAACUGUCGUCGGCCCGGCUAUGUUCGACGCGGCGAAAUGUAUGAGGGGCCGGCCGAUGUUUUAUUCGGACGCUUUGUGGAGCGGCUCGGAGCUGUCUGGCAGGCGAAUUAAUACAGACCGGCGCGGGGAGAAAAGUGGCCGACUUUUGUGGUCUGAGGAUGUUUUCGUUGAUUUCAAAAUUCAGCAUCUAUCACUGCCAGACUAUUUGAAAUGCUUUCAGAGGGACGCGCUCGAGCUGAGAGAAUGGUGCAUUUUGGUAUCUGCGGUGGUCGGUCAAACUUCAGCUUGUUGUUUCUUGCUUAUGAGUGUUGAUGUUCACACAUCUUGAUGGAUUUGAAACUCGGUAUUGGAGGUCUGAAUACCAUUGAAUGAGCUGUGUAUAACAAUGCUGGUUCAUCGCAACGAAGUUUGCAUCCUUUGGUCAUUUUGUUUCAUCUCCCACCCAUUUUCUCAGUGGUAACGGUCCCCGUUCUAUGUGGUGUGGGCUACCUUGUCGAAGUGUAACUCUCGUGUGUCACUUGAUUCGACUGUUUUUCACUUGUGUGAGAAUUGUAACGCACCAUUUUUGUUCGCAGCUGUCGGGUGUGGAAGCCUAUGUGUUCGACCAUCUUUGUAAUAAACGGUAUUCUCAGCCAAGA